AUGGUAUUACGUGUAUAUUUUAUUUCAACAACUGGUCGUCGUGAUAUACGUUACGGGCAAAUACAUGUCUUUUCUGUACUUAGCUCAUGGAAAUAUGAUUAUGAAGCAAUUGAUAUUGCUGCACCAGAAAAUGAACAUGAUAGAAAUUUUGUUAUUGAUACGGGAAAAAAAUCUGAAGAUGGUAAAGUUAUUUUACCACAAAUAUUUAAAGAAGAAAAAUGUUGCGGAGAUUAUAUAGAUUUUUUAAACGCAAUUGAACAUGAAAAAUUACAAUUAUUUCUUAAACAAAUUACAAUAGAAGAUUUAGAUUUAAUUAUAUCAAAUAAAAUGGAUAAUACUAAAGGUAUAUUAAAAAUUAUAAUCUCUUUAUGUAUAUCCCUGACUUAA